AUGGAGGAAGUAGCUCACCUGGUUUAUAAAUGUGCGGGACACGUAUGUCCAGUAGCUAUGAAGAUGCUGCUAGAGAAAUGCACAUCUCACAAUGUUGAUGUCCACAACUUAAAGGACUGUCUGCAGAUAGCAUGCGAGGCCGGAGGUGGCGAGUGUGUACGCAUCAUCUUGGAACAUCUGACCGUUACAGAGGGCACGUAUGACAACAUUGCAGACUGCAUAUGUCUAUCUGCACAAUCAGUCACAGACAGCUGCCUAAAAAUUCAGUUGUUGAUGAAUUAUAUUGAUACGUUUUGUGCAAACAUUGGAAAUGUUCCAUCACACAGCCAAACACUGAAUAGGAUAUUUGGCGUAUUUACACCACUGACUAGAGCGUGCGAACACGGUAACCUCGACACUGUGAAGAUUCUGAUACAGAAAGGAGCUGAUGUCAAUCUGGAAGAUGGUAGAGGUUCUACACCGCUUCAUACUGCUGUGGGUUUGGACAAUUUAGCCUGUGUUACAGCUCUUCUUGAAGGUGGAGCCCUUGUAAACAAACGUGUACCAGGUUUGCAGCCUGUCCUAUUUGCUGCAAACAGGCUUGACGUGGUUCAGAAGCUGGUAGCUGCUAAAUGUGACAUUAAGGCAACAGAUGAAGAUGGAAGAUCAGCUCUACACACAGUGGCCGGAUUUAACAACUUUGAUUUUCUUAAAUUUUUAUGCAACAAAGGAUGCAAUGUUGAUCAGAAAGAUGAGUAUGGCCUCACAGCGUAUCACGUGGCAGCAGAGUAUGGGGAUCUGGAUAUACUGAAAUAUCUGCAUAAAAUGCAUGCUAAGCCGACAGUUGAUGUUGACGGAUUGUCAGUGCUUCACUACGCUUGCUGUUCCGUCAAUGAAACAAUGGAAAAGGUGCAGUUCCUGGUGGACACUGUGAAGGUCCCACUUGAUACAAGAGAUGAGGAUGGAAGAACGGCGCUGUAUCCGGCAGUGCAGACAGCAGGGUUGGAAGUGGUGGAGUUCCUGGUAGAAAGGGGGCUGAGUAUAAGGGACAGGGACAAGGAUGGCAACACCUAUCUACAUGCAGUAUUUCUAAGGUAUGAGAAGUCCACCCAUGAUGAACUGGUGACGUUCCUUUUCAAGGCCAACUUGGAUCCAGACUUGUACAACACACGUGAUGGAAGAACACCACUGCAUCUGGCAUUAGAUUCAGGACUGUGGUAUUUCUUUGAAGACCAUUUGGUGACUUUGAUUGACAGAACUUCCAAUAUCAAUCACAAAGAUUCCGAAGGAAGGACGCCUCUUCAUAUGGCAGCAUACCGUGACGCCAGUUGGGUUGUGAAGCGACUCCUUGACAAAGGAGCUGACAGAGAGAUAAAGGAUUCAGAAGGAUGUAAAGCUAUUGAUUUGGUGCCUGAAGAUGGAAGUGGCGAGACGAUGAAGGCUCUUUUGUCCACAUCUGAGUUACCUGCUCGUGAAAUUGUAUAUCUCAGGCAGGGUCUGUCAACGGAAGACUAG